GGAAGCUCUUGGUUUUGCCGCAAUUUUUCUGGAGGAGAGAAAUCUAUCACGAUCAUCCAUUCUCUCUCUCUCUCAAAUUCAAUUCGCUAUACGUGUUACUGCGAUCACCUAUUGGUUUCGCAUAUAAGUGCUUCUACUCUUCAAUUUUCUUUUGAUGGUUGUUUGCAUCUUUCAAUAUACAAAAUCCUAAAUUCACUUAACACCUCUUCGAUAGAUCUAAUUUGGAUCGAGGAAUCAGACACUGACUAUGCAUUUUCCUUAAUUAAAAAAAACGAAGAAGAAUCGAUAAAUAUUAGUGACAUCUUAUUUGCCUGAUCGAUUUGCCACAUCAAAGCAAAACCUGGUGUUGCGAUUGCUGUGUUUUAUGUCAGAUGGCAUCGCAAGGAAGAUAUAAGAGGCAUCAAGAGAAGUCUCAAACAAGCAUCUCUAACAAUGGAAGAAAUUCAGUUCCUGCCAAAUUCUCAAACGAUACGGAGAGGCUUCAACAUAUUAACAGCAUACGCAAAGCCCCCGUAGGGGCUCAGAUGAAGCGUGUUAUUGAUCUACUAUUCGAGACCCGACAGGCCUUCACAAUAGAGCAAAUAAAUGAGGCAUGCUAUGUGGACAUGAAAGCUAACAAAGAUGUUUUCGAGAGUAUGAGGAAAAACCCGAAAGUAAAGUUUGAUGGGGAACGGUUUUCUUACAAGUCAAAACACGACGUUAGGGACAGAAGUCAGCUGCUUUACCUCAUACGUAAGUUUCCAGAGGGCAUUGCUGUUGUUGACCUAAAGGAUGCUUACCCAACUGUGAUUGAGGACUUGCAGGCUUUGAAAGUUGCACGGGAGAUUUGGCUUCUGUCCAACUUUGAUUCACAGGAGGAGAUUGCAUAUCCUAAUGACCCUAAAGUGCCGAUGAAGGUGGAUGAUGACCUAAAACUGCUUUUCCGGGGGAUUGAGUUGCCUCAAGAUAUGCUUGAUAUAGAAAAGGAUCUACAAAAAAAUGGAAUGAAGCCUGCUACUAACACUGCAAAAAGGAGGAGUGCAGCGCAAAUGGAAGGAGUUUCAUCCAAGCCUAAACCUAAGAAGAAGAAGAAUGAAAUCACCAAGAGAACCAAGCUGACUAAUGCCCAUCUUCCGGAGCUUUUCCAGAACUUAAACAAUUCCUGACAUUUGGAACUCACAGCAGGUGUUGAAUGAAUUCAGUGAAUUGAUCAAUACGCAGUGAUCAUUUGUUGGCAUACGUGUUUAGAAAGUGUUCAUGUUUUUAAUAUGGAUAUGGCCCUUUUAUAGCAUUACGAUCGGGAUCAGAUUCUCUCUCAAGUGUUGAAAAAACUUGACCCCGUUCGGUGUUGAGAUCUCACCAUUUAUUUUUACAAAUUUCAUCUU